AUGGCAGUUCCAAAAAAGCGCACUUCUAUAUCAAAAAAACGGAUUCGGAAAAAUAUUUGGAAAAGCAAAGGGCGUCGGGCAGCGUUGAAAGCUUUUUCGCUAGCAAAAUCUCUUUCAACGGGUAAUUCCCAAAGUUUUUUGGGGGACAAAUCAAAUAAAUACUGA